AUGAUGUUCACAGGAGGCGACAUAGUGUGGUGGGCUUCUCAGAUUAAAAUCAAAAUGCUUCACUCAACACCAUACUAUGCACAAGCCAACGGACAGGCCGAGGCGACGAACAAGGCUAUUAAGCUUAUCGUUCAGAAGAUGAUUGAAGAAAACCCAAGACAAUGGCAUGUGUUGUUAUCAGAAGCAGUUUGGGCCAAUAGGACCAGCCAAAAUUCGGCUAUAGGAACUUCACCUUUCCGAAUGGUAUAUGGUUAUGAUGCGAUGUUGCCAAUGGAGCUUACUGUGAUGUCCACUCGUCGUCUAUACCAGAAUAGAUUGUCCAAAAACUAUUACUUUGACAAGAUGAUGAUAGACUCCUUAGAUCUCGACGAGGAAAGAUUGGCGGCAUUAGAUCACCUUGAAGCCCAGAAAAGAAGGGUUGAAAGGGCAUACAAUAAGCGGGUGAAAUCAAAGUCAUUUGCCAUAGGCAAUAUGGUAUGGAAGGCGAUCAUACCUAUUGGCCAUAAAGACAAGCGACUAGGUAAAUGGAGUCCGAAUUGGGAAGGCCCGUUUAUCGUGACUACCAAGUUGACCGGCGGUGCGUAUGUUCAUGCGAAUAUUGACGGAGAAGAACACGACAGGGCGAUCAAUGAAAGGUCCCCUUUGAGAAGGUUCCGCCGUUUCUUCACUUCUAUCCCCUCUAUCAUUUCUUUAUCCAGUGAAGCCUCAAGAUCGCCGAUGCUUCGUUGUUCUGACCCCAGUUCGAGUUGCAUAGCGGCGAUCUUCUCUUCUAGUUCUUUUGCACGUGUUAGGCGAUCUUGA